AUGGCUCAGAAGACGGUCUUCAUCACAGGUUGCAGCGAAGGCGGAAUAGGUGACGCUCUAGCUAAAUCAUUCCACAAAAAGGGCAUGCGAGUGUUUGCAAGUGCUCGCAAUCUUGCAAAGGUUCAACAUCUUAAGGAAAUGGGUCUUGACGUCGUACAACUGGACGUCGCCGACGGAGACUCGAUCAGAGAAGCGGUGGAGACUGUUAAGGCGGCAACUGGGGGAACUCUGGAUUUCCUGGUGAAUAACUCGGGUUUAGGAUACAGUGUUCCCUUGUUGGAUUCGGACGUGUCCGUAGCGAAGAAGAUGUUUGAUGUGAACGUCUUCGGUGUCGUUACUGUAACUCAAGCAUUUGCGCCCCUUCUCAUUGCCUCAAAGGGGACCAUUAUCAACAUCGGGUCCGUGCUUGGCAAAAUGCCACUCCCAUGGCAAGGAUACUACAACGCAAGUAAAGCCGCAGUUGCUCUCAUCACCGACCAAAUGCGCAUUGAGCUCUCUCCUUGGGGAGUUAGAGCGAUCCUCGUCAAUACCGGUGCAAUCAGAACAAAGUUCUUCGAUAAUCUUGCAAACACCCCAGUCCUCCCAGAAGGUUCCCUGUACUAUCCUGCUAAGGAUGUGAUUGAGCCAGCAUUAGCUGGAGCCGGGGUGGAGAAGAAUGCCAUGGAUGUCAACUCGUAUGCUGAGGCUGUUGUCAACAACGCAACAAGAUCCAGCCCUAAAAAGCAUCUCUGGAUUGGAGGAGCGGCUCUUCUGACCUGGUUGGCUUCGACUUUCGGUUGGUCAACCAUUUGGGACUUGUUACUUCCCUCUUUCAUUAACUUGCCAGCUAUAACGAACAAGAUUCGCACCGCAGAGAAGGUGGAAUAG